AUGAUAAUUAUUUUAAUUUGCAUUAUGAUUUUUUCAUAUCUUAUGUAAGCGACAUGCUUAGUUCGUUCCAAUAUCCUAAAUUUUGCCAUACUAUAUCUCAACAUAAUUUCCUUAAAAAAUCAAGAAGGCAAUUAAAAACUUAAUUUAAUACAAUAUAAAGAAUAUUGAAGAAAAUAUCUCUGUGAAUCAAGCUCUUCAAGAAACGAUAUCCAAAAUCAAUCAUAAAAUUCAAAUUGCAAAUGCUGAAGCAUAUUUAAUGGAAAAUUUUCUGGAAUCAUUGCAAAAUUCGAUAUCAUACAUUUCUAAAACAGAUGAUUUAGAUGGCAAGUAUUUAGAUUUCAAUCAUAAUUAUUAUUUUUAUAGAAAAGUCAGUCCCACAACUGUUUUAACUCCCCUAAGCAAAGUCAUUGGAAAAUUUCUGAAAAGCCUCCGUGAUUAAAGAAAAAAUAUUUUAACAUGAUAUGAUAACUUUUUUAACGAAUAUCUAACUGAAUCUGUUAAAUUUUAAACAGCCUGCAUUCUAAAGCAUAGGAAUUUUUUUAAUUAAAAAAAUUGCAAAAUAUUUCUCAUUGUGGAGGGGUAUUAAGAAGAAUGAAUCCAAGCAUAAAAGCUCAAAAACUUAUAGAGUGCUUAUAUAUUUUUAUGAAUAAAAAUUAUAAAGAUUGAGAUCAUUUUUUAAAUGACUAUAAUAGGAAUUUGCUCUGGGAUUUAACGAAUAAGCUUAAUGAUAUUGCUAUGAAAUUGAAAGAUGAGCAGUUAAUGAAAAUUUCUCAAACUAUUGAAGAACUGGAUAAAUGAAGCUCCAAAGCAAAUUAUGAGCUAACUUCCUCCCUCCAGAGCGCACUCACAGAGGGGGGUUAAUUUUUUUUUUAAAAAUAAUAUAAAUUUUAUAGUAAAUUUUUUUUCGAAAUUUAAAAAAACCCAACUUCUCAAUAAUUAGAAACCAAAUAUUAAUUUAAUGUAUAAAAUUUAUGUUUUAAAACGCAAUUUGUUUAAAAUUAAACAGAAUUAGUUAGAGGUUUCAUGAUAAUAAUUAUUGCUUAUAUAUCAAUUUUUAUUUUCAUAAAAAUUUUUAUAUUAAAAAAUUUUUGUUCCCACGGAGGGUUGGUUUUUUGGCAAAAAAUCGGGAUUUUUUCAAUGGUUUUGCUCACUCACGGAGAGGGGAGUAACGAAUAUUUAUUUUUGAAUCAAAAGGACUCACUUAAAAAUUUUAAAAUUCAAAGCUCAAUCUCCAAUAGAAAAGGCUAUAGAAGAAAUAUCAAAACAACUAAUUUUAAAGAAAGAAGAAUUAGCGUGGCUAGAUAGAGAGUUGCAAGAUGCUAUAAGUUUUCAAUCUAAAAUAUAA